AUGGAGCCGGGAGCCGGAGCCGCCGCCUGGCUGCCGCUGUUCGUCUUGCUGGCCGGCCCCUCACCGGCCCAGCUCGGAACAGCCCGAGCCCAAUUCGCGGCAGGGGGAUGCACUUUUGAUGAUGGCCUGGGGCCCUGUGAUUACCAUCAAGACCUAUAUGACGAUUUUGAUUGGGUGCAUGUCAGUGCUCAAGAGCCUCACUAUUUGCCACCUGAGAUGCCUCAAGGAUCAUGCAUGAUAGUGGAUUCCUCAGACCAUGAUCCUGGAGAAAAGGCUCGACUUCAACUUCCUACGAUGAAGGAAAAUGACACUCACUGCAUUGAUUUCAGUUACCUUUUAUAUAGCAAGAGUGGAGCGAACCCUGGAACCUUGAACAUUUUAGUUAGGGUGAACAAGGGACCUCUUGCUAAUCCCAUUUGGAAUGUGACAGGCUCUACUGGCAGAGACUGGCUCCGAGCUGAGCUGGCUGUCAGCACCUUCUGGCCAAAUGAAUAUCAGGUAAUAUUUGAAGCCGAAGUCUCAGAUGGGAGAAAUGGCUACAUUGCCAUUGAUGACAUCCAGGUUCUGAGUUACCCUUGUGAUAAAUCUCCACAUUUCCUGAGGCUGGGGGAUGUAGAGGUCAAUGCAGGGCAGAAUGCUACAUUUCAAUGCAUUGCUACCGGGAGGGAUGCAGUGAAUAACAAGUUAUGGCUGCAGCGACGGAAUGGAGAAGAUAUUCCAGUCGCCCAAACUAAAAAUAUCAAUCACAGAAGAUUUGCUGCUACCUUCAAGUUGCAAGAGGUGACAAAAACUGAUCAGGAUUUAUAUCGCUGUGUAACUCAGUCAGAGAGAGGCUCUGGAGUGUCCAAUUUUGCUCAACUUAUUGUGAGAGAACCACCUCGACCAAUAGCACCCCCCCAGUUACUUGGUGUUGGGCCUACAUAUUUGCUGAUUCAGCUGAAUGCUAAUUCCAUAAUUGGUGAUGGGCCUAUAAUUCUGAAAGAAGUGGAGUAUCGGAUGACAUCUGGGUCCUGGACAGAAACCCAUGCUGUAAAUGCACCAACUUAUAAGCUAUGGCACUUAGACCCAGACACUGAGUAUGAGAUUCGUGUCCUCCUUACCAGGCCAGGAGAAGGAGGAACUGGCCAGCCAGGACCACCACUUAUCACCAGAACCAAAUGUGCAGAGCCCAUGAGAACACCAAAAACUCUGAAGAUUGCUGAGAUCCAGGCCAGACACAUUGCAGUGGAUUGGGAGUCUCUGGGUUACAAUAUUACUCGAUGUCACACUUUCAAUGUAACUAUUUGCUACCACUACUUCCGUGGUCACAAUGAGAACAAAGCAGACUGCUUGGAUAUGGAUCCCAAAGCACCUCAGCAUGUGGUGAAUCACCUGCCUCCUUACACAAAUGUCAGCCUCAAAAUGAUCCUAACUAAUCCUGAAGGGAGAAAGGAGAGUGAGGAGACCAUUAUUCAAACAGAUGAAGAUGUGCCUGGCCCUGUACCUGCAAAAUCACUAAAAGGGACCCCAUUUGAAGACAAGAUCUUCCUGAACUGGAAAGAACCUUUGGAUCCAAAUGGCAUCAUUACGCAGUAUGAGGUCAGCUAUAGCAGUAUAAGGUCAUUUGAUCCUGCUGUCCUAGUGGCGGGACCCCCACAGACUGUGUCAAAGGUCUGGAACAGUACGCACCAUGUGUUUUCACAUCUGCACCCUGGUACUACCUACCAAUUCUUUAUACGUGCCAGCACAGUCAAAGGGUUUGGACCAGCAACAGCAAUCAAUGUAACAACCAACAUCUCAGCUCCUACUUUACCGGACUAUGAAGGAGUUGACGCAUCUCUCAAUGAAACUGCCACUACCAUAACUGUACUGUUGAGACCAGCUCAAGCCAAAGGUGCUCCUAUCAGUGCUUACCAGAUUGUUGUUGAGGAGCUGCAUCCACACCGAACAAAACGAGAAACAGGCACAAUGGAGUGCUACCAAGUCCCAGUCACAUACCAAAAUGCUCUAAGCGGAAGCUCACCAUAUUACUUUGCUGCUGAAUUGCCCCCUGGUAACCUUCCUGAACCAGCCCCUUUCACUGUCGGUGACAAUAGAACAUACCAGGGCUUUUGGAACCCACCGCUGGCUCCUCGGAAAGGCUACAAUAUCUAUUUCCAAGCCAUGAGCAGUGUUGAGAAAGAAACUAAAACUCAGUGUGUUCGAAUAGCUACGAAAGCAGCAGCAACAGAAGAACCAGAGGUGAUUCCAGACCCAGCCAAGCAGACAGAUCGAGUGGUGAAAAUAGCAGGAAUAAGUGCUGGAAUUCUGGUAUUCAUCCUCCUCCUCCUAGUUGUCAUAUUAAUUGUCAAAAAAAGGAGGAGCUACUAUUCUUACUCCUACUAUCUCAAACUUGCUAAGAAACGCAAGGACGCCAUGGGGAACACCAGACAAGAAAUGACACACAUGGUGAACGCGAUGGAUAGGAGUUACGCUGAUCAGAGCACCCUUCAUGCAGAGGAUCCCCUCUCAAUCACAUUUAUGGACUCUCAUAACUUCAGCCCCAGAUUGCCCAAUGAUCCACUUGUGCCGACUGCUGUGUUAGUGCCUAUUACUGAUGAGAAUCACAGUGCGACAGCCGAGUCCAGUCGCCUGCUGGAUGUCCCUCGCUACCUUUGUGAAGGAACAGAGUCCCCUUACCAGACUGGACAGCUGCAUCCGGCCAUCAGAGUAGCUGAUUUGCUGCAACAUAUUAACCUCAUGAAGACAUCUGAUAGCUAUGGUUUUAAAGAGGAAUAUGAGAGUUUCUUUGAGGGACAGUCAGCAUCUUGGGAUGUCGCUAAAAAGGAUCAAAACAGAACAAAGAACCGAUAUGGAAACAUUAUAGCAUAUGACCACUCCAGAGUGAUUUUGCAACCUGUUGAGGAUGAUCCUUCUUCAGAUUACAUUAAUGCAAACUAUAUAGAUGGCUAUCAAAGACCAAGUCACUACAUUGCAACCCAAGGUCCAGUCCAUGAAACAGUGUACGAUUUUUGGAGAAUGAUAUGGCAGGAACAGUCAGCUUGUGUUGUGAUGGUUACAAAUUUAGUUGAAGUUGGACGGGUCAAGUGCUAUAAGUACUGGCCUGAUGACACCGAAGUUUAUGGGGACUUCAAAGUGACUUGUGUGGAAAUGGAGCCACUUGCGGAGUACGUAGUAAGGACAUUCACCCUUGAAAGGAGAGGUUACAAUGAAAUCCGUGAACUUAAACAGUUCCAUUUCACAGGCUGGCCAGAUCAUGGAGUUCCUUACAAUGCCACAGGCCUCCUUUCAUUUAUACGUCGAGUCAAAUUGUCUAACCCUCCUAGUGCCGGGCCUAUUGUUGUACAUUGCAGGUGUGUAGAGAAGAGUGCUGGUGCUGGACGAACUGGCUGUUACAUUGUGAUUGACAUCAUGCUAGACAUGGCAGAAAGAGAAGGUGUUGUGGACAUCUACAAUUGUGUCAAAGCCUUACGGUCACGUCGCAUUAACAUGGUACAAACAGAGGAGCAGUACAUCUUUAUUCAUGAUGCCAUUCUGGAAGCUUGCUUAUGUGGAGAAACUGCCAUCCCUGUCUGUGAAUUCAAAGCUGCAUAUUUUGAUAUGAUUAGAAUAGACUCUCAGACAAACUCUUCACAUCUCAAAGAUGAAUUUCAGACCCUGAAUUCUGUGACCCCUCGGCUGCAAGCUGAAGAUUGCAGCAUAGCCUGCUUGCCAAGGAAUCAUGACAAGAAUCGCUUCAUGGAUAUGCUGCCACCUGACAGAUGUCUGCCUUUCUUAAUUACUAUUGAUGGGGAGAGCAGCAACUAUAUCAAUGCUGCUCUUAUGGAUAGCUACAGGCAACCAGCUGCUUUCAUUGUCACACAACAUCCUUUGCCAAACACUGUGAAAGAUUUCUGGAGAUUAGUGUAUGACUAUGGCUGUACCUCUCUUGUAAUGUUAAAUGAAGUUGAUUUAGCACAGGGCUGUCCACAGUAUUGGCCUGAAGAAGGAAUGCUGAGAUAUGGUCCUAUUCAAGUGGAAUGCAUGUCUUGUUCAAUGGAUUGUGAUGUAAUAAACAGAAUUUUCAGGAUAUGCAAUCUAACAAGACCACAGGAAGGCUAUCUGAUGGUGCAGCAAUUCCAGUAUUUGGGAUGGACUUCUCACAGAGACAUUCCAGGCUCCAAGAGAUCAUUUUUGAAGUUAAUUCUUCAAGUUGAAAAAUGGCAAGAGGAAUGUGAAGAAGGGGAAGGCCGAACUAUCAUUCACUGUCUGAAUGGUGGUGGUCGGAGUGGAAUGUUUUGUGCUAUAGGCAUAGUUGUUGAAAUGGUCAAAAGACAAAAUGUGGUUGAUGUUUUCCACGCAGUAAAGACGUUACGGAAUAGUAAGCCAAACAUGGUAGAAACCCCGGAGCAAUAUCGUUUCUGCUAUGAUGUCGCUUUGGAGUACCUUGAAUCAUCUUAG